AGUUUCAUAUUGGCCAAAUGGAUUCCGGCUAUUCGUCAGUCUUAAUAUUGUUGGCAGUUUGGCUAAUCAGUAGAUGCGGAGCAGCGCGGAAAUGGGAGUACGAACCUGUAUUGAUAUUAACCACCUCUUCGGACGACAGUCUAAUAAAAUUAGAGUCCAGUAUUGUUCGCUUAGGGCGUGGAAAGUUUGGAAUAUCAGCGCGGGUGGAGUGGAACUAUGACACCACUGAGGAGACAAUGGUGGAGGCUGUUGUAUACCGCAGCAAUUCGGGUGAUGAGUCCGACUACAAGCUGCUCCCUUGGGCCAUUCCUAAGCAAACCUUUUACGACUACCUCAACUCCUACUACAAGGAUGUGAUAAUGAAGAACUUUGCCCCCUGUUCCAAUGUGCCGCAGUUCAAGGGCAAAUUUCAACCGCCUUGGCCGAAACGAACGUAUAUCGGUGACAAAUGCGUCUUUGAAGCCGAAGGUUUUCCGGAUAUCGUGCCACCUGGAUUCUACAAGAUUAUUUUCAAUUGUACCGGACCUGAUCAGCCAUCGUGGAGCUUUAUCGGAAUUUUUAAAAUAAUAAACAAAAUGUUUUAGCUAUGUAGCAAUAAAUAUAUAUC